UGUCCAUUUGCAGAAGCUAGUAAAAUUUGCUCUGACUUUAGGUUGCAACGGUCUCUAGUGCUAUUAGCAAAGGCAAGACUAUCUCUGACCUGCAGACAAGCCUUGGAUACAUCUUUAAGAUCUCUAGCAUAACUACUGAUAUUUUUCCAUUUGUAGAGGUGGAGAGAGCUCUUAGCAGGCAAAAACACUCUCAAGCACAGAAGUCACGCAAAGCCUACACACUCAUGUGUGGGUACAUGGAUGCAGGCCCAAGAAAAAGGAAUGGUUUUUCUUCUUGUUUAUUACUGUCCAAUUCUGAUAGGCGUUCACAUCUCCUAACGAGCUCACACCUUUAAACCAAGUCUCUCCUGAGAUGGAAUAUGAUACCUCAGACAACCAUUACAAGAGUCACAGGAUGCUGCUGGUAAGAGGGAAUUAACAUCUUCACAAGAAAUAUGAGUCAAGGAGGCUGAUGAGGGAGGCAUCAAAGCUCAGGAAACAGCAGAAAGCUUCUAAAGUGUGCGCAUCAGACCAUGGUAAGGCUGAAAGGAAUCGAGUCCAGGAAUGGGAGAAGAGGGGGAAGGAGCAUUUAGCGAAAGGGAUCAGUGAGAAGCUUUGAGACUGAAUGAGGAAGACCCUUUGCUGACCCAUAUAGUUCCCUUACGAGCCCUGCGUUGCAAAUGGUGAAGGAGUUAAUCAUAAUAUUGAAUCAGAUACUCUGCUCAGCAAAAUUCCAGGAGCACCAGACAAGGAUCUGGCGCACUGCUAAUCUAUAUUUAUGCAUUAAUAAAUAAGCAUUUUAUUUCCUUUGAGUACAAUACCAUAGGGUGUUUUAAGUAGUAUAAUUAGUUCACUAUUAAAUAGGCAAAUAUAUUAUUUUUUUAUAGGUGGCAAGACUAGAAAGAUUUCUUAUCCUGUAGUUUGACCUUUUGCAAAACGUAAACAAAUUUCAUCAAGUAAUUUCUUUAUCUAGCCUCAAACCUCAGGAGCUAGAUGUUUGCAGCCUCUAGCCUAACAACUACAGCUUAUCAGCUCAGCUUGCUGGAAAAGCUGUCUCUCCAGCCUCGUCUGUGGCAGAGAGAUCCUAUGUUCGUGACAUUUAACAACAUUUGACACAAUUCUUCAAUUUUUUUAGGGGACAGAACCAGCACAGAUGAGAUAAGAUUUUUUUUUUCCUAAUGUUGCUAACAUUUUAAUGUUUUUAAAUCUGUUACGUGUCUAUUUUUAAAUAAAACAUAGUAGGAACAUGGAAUGAUAGAGUGGCCUUAGGAUUUUCUGUCAUUGGGUUCUCCUUUAACUGUUCAGAAUCAAUUUAUCUUUAAGAUGCUUGGUGAGGUUUUGUGGCAGCCACCCAAGAGCCUCCAGAAAAGGUAAAUGAUUUCAGAGACGAGCUGUGGCAUAUUUUAGAAAGUUUUGCAAAGUGAAAUGAAACAGUUGUGUUGUUUGGUGGGUGGGGUUUUGGGGUUUGUUUUUGUUUUUUUGCAGCUUGAGUGUAUUUGCAAAGAGGAAAUCUGAAGAGGAGUGUCCAUUACUAAAUGUAAUUAGGGGAGGGAAAAAAACAAUAGCAAUAUAUUGCAAUUCUUGUAAAAAGCUUUACUAAACCCCUGGGAAUAGCAGCUACUAAUGCUUCUACUUCCAGAAUUGUUCUUGAUGAUUUUAUUACUGUGUUCCCUAUUCUUCUAGUGAACUUCCCUUGAUUCUAAAAAUCAUCAGUGCAUAGAACAAUUUUGUGGACAAAUGAAGUGGAGAAGCAAACUGUGGUCUUUUUGGUCCAGGCACCUAGGAGAAAGACUCUCUGGCACCAAAUUCCUGUAGAUUCCUAAGACUGGAAUAUUUUGCGGAAGACAGGAUUUUUUGCAAUAUUCACGGCCUGCUCGUCAUGUCUUCCAUUCUUGGGAAGGUGAAGAAGUUUGGCAGUUCUGACAUAGAGGAAUCUGAAGUGACAGAUGAACACAUGGAUGGGGAGGACUCCCUGCUGGAAAUGCCUGACAGCCUCCAGGGUACUCUCAACACCAAGGUGCAGCCACCCAAAAGCAACAUCUUUGCAAGACGUGGGCGGUUUGUGAUGGGGGAUAGUGACAGGGACAUGGCACCUAUGGACUCCUUAUACCAGAUGGAUCAUCUGAUGGCACCUUCUGUCAUCAAAUUCCACGCCAAUUUGGAGAGGGGGAAAUUUCACAAGCUCCUAUCUACUGAUUCCAUCACAGGCUGCUCAGAAAAAGCUUUCAAGUUCUACGACCGCAGAAGGAUCUUUGAUGCUGUAGCCCAAGGCAACACAAGUGAUCUGGACGAUCUGCUGAUAUAUCUUAAUAGGACCUUGAAGCAUCUCACAGAUGAUGAGUUCAAAGAACCAGAAACUGGGAAAACAUGCUUAUUGAAAGCCAUGCUGAAUCUGCAUGAUGGGAAAAAUGACACCAUUCCACUGCUGCUGGAUAUUGCAAAGAAAACUGGAACUCUGAAAGAGUUUGUUAACGCAGAGUAUACUGACAACUACUACAAGGGCCAGACUGCACUUCACAUCGCUAUUGAACGAAGGAACAUGUACCUAGUGAAGCUCUUGAUCCAGAAUGGAGCAGAUGUUCAUGCAAGAGCCUGUGGGGAGUUUUUCCGGAAAAUCAAAGGGAAACCUGGCUUUUAUUUCGGGGAGCUGCCUCUGUCCCUGGCUGCCUGUACCAACCAGCUCUGCAUUGUGAAAUUUCUCCUUGAGAACCCCUACCAGGCAGCCAACAUCACUGCUGAGGAUUCCAUGGGCAAUAUGGUCCUGCACACACUGGUGGAGAUCGCGGAUAACACUAAGGAUAACACCAAGUUUGUUACCAAGAUGUACAAUAACUUAUUGAUCCUUGGUGCCAAAAUUAACCCGAUCUUGAAGCUAGAAGAACUCACCAACAAGAAAGGGCUGACACCGUUAACUCUGGCAGCCAAAACAGGAAAGAUAGGGAUUUUCGCUUACAUCCUCAGACGAGAGAUCAAAGAUCCUGAGUGCAGACACUUAUCUAGGAAGUUCACUGAAUGGGCCUAUGGACCUGUCCACUCAUCUCUUUAUGACCUGUCUUGUGUAGACACAUGUGAGAAAAAUUCAGUGCUUGAGAUCAUUGCCUACAGCAGUGAAACACCAAACCGGCAUGAGAUGCUGCUGGUGGAACCCCUCAACAGGCUGCUGCAAGACAAGUGGGACCGCUUUGUCAAACAUCUAUUUUACUUCAACUUCUUUGUCUAUGCCAUGCACAUCAUCAUCCUCACCACAGCUGCCUACUACAGACCUGUGGUGAAGGAGAAAAAGCCUCCCUUCACGUUUGGUCACAGCACUGGGGAAUAUUUUCGACUGACUGGAGAGAUCCUGAGUGUACUGGGAGGUCUCUAUUUUUUUUUCAGAGGGAUACAGUAUUUCGUGCAGAGACGCCCAUCAUUCAAGACGCUGAUAGUUGACAGCUACAGUGAGGUUCUUUUCUUUGUUCACUCCCUGCUCCUCCUGAGCUCUGUGGUCCUGUACUUCUGUGGCCAGGAACUCUACGUGGCCUCCAUGGUCUUCUCCUUGGCUCUGGGCUGGGCUAACAUGCUGUACUACACCCGUGGCUUCCAGCAGAUGGGCAUUUACUCUGUCAUGAUUGCAAAGAUGAUCCUUAGAGAUUUAUGUCGCUUCAUGUUUGUCUACCUAGUAUUCCUCUUGGGAUUUUCCACAGCUGUGGUGACUUUAAUUGAAGAUGACAAUGAGGGGCAAGAUACCAGUAGCUCUGACUAUACCCGGUGUUGCCAUCUGAAACGAGGCCGCACAUCCUAUAAUAGUCUGUAUUAUACCUGCUUGGAGCUUUUCAAGUUCACUAUUGGGAUGGGGGACCUGGAGUUCACUGAGAACUACAGGUUCAAGUCUGUAUUUGUCAUCCUUUUGGUUCUCUAUGUCAUCCUUACAUACAUCCUCCUGCUCAACAUGCUCAUUGCACUGAUGGGGGAAACUGUGAGCAAAAUUGCACAGGAGAGCAAGAGCAUCUGGAAACUCCAGAGAGCCAUCACAAUCUUGGAUAUUGAAAACAGCUACUUGAACUGUUUGAGGCGCUCGUUCCGAUCUGGGAAGCGAGUCUUGGUGGGGAUCACACCUGAUGGCCAAGAUGAUUACAGAUGGUGCUUUAGAGUUGAUGAAGUGAACUGGUCCACGUGGAAUACUAAUCUGGGCAUAAUCAACGAAGACCCUGGGUACUCUGGGGACCUCAAACGAAAUCCCAGCUACGCUAUUAAGGCUGGUCGAGUUUCAGGGAAAAACUGGAAAACAUUGGUUCCGCUUUUAAGGGAUGGAAGCAGAAGAGAAGAGGCACAAAAACUACCAGAAGAAGUAAAAUUAAAACCCAUUUUGGAGCCUUACUAUGAGGCAGAAGACUCCGAGGCAUUGAAGGAGUCACUUCCAAAGUCAGUGUAAUUGUAUUUUGUUUUUAGAAGAAGGUGGUUAUUCUAGUUGCCUGUGUUGGUACUUACAAGCGCAGAAUUAGAGCACUUCAUUCGUAAGAACAGGGAUUUAUGGAAAAAGGUCAAAGGACUUAAGAAAUUACUGUGUGCAAG